CUUCCCUGUUCCUGCUCCUCCCAGCUCAAAGAUGGCAGCCAUGGGGCAGAGAUGAGAGACGACACCAAAUUUAGGAGUUUUGUCAUGAAACCGCAUUGGGGUGUGCAGCUGUUACGUGCAUGGUUUUAACAUGACAACGAUAUAAUUUGCCACUGCCAAUGUGCCGCCUUACGAAGACAAUUAAAAGGUUCAGAAAUAUCAUGUUUUCCUGUGGGCUAAGCUAGCAAGCAGCGGUUAGCAAAUAAAUGAACUUGUCUCUUCUGCCAUACAAGAAGAAAGCAGCUGCUCGGCAUACGGUGUACUGACAUCUUUGCACGAUCAGUUUCAACAUGGCCAUCACUCAGUUCCGUCUUUUCAAGAUCUGCACAUGUCUAGCCAGCUUACUUUCUUUCUUUAAAAGGUUGAUAUGCAGGAGUGGAAGGGGCCGCAAGCUCAGCGGUGAUCAAAUAACUCUCCCAACAACAGUGGAUUUUUCAUCAUCAGUACCAAAACAGCCAGAGAUUGAAGAAUGGAGCUCUUGGGAUGAAGAGGCUCCUACUAGUAUCAAGAUUGAAGGUGGCAAUGGAAACGUUUCCCCUUCACCCAACGAGGUGGAUGAAGAGCCCGACUACUUCAAAGACAUGGCUCCCACCAUCAGGAAAACACAGAAGAUACUGCUGAAGAAAAGAGAGCCUUUGAACUACCCGGUGCCUGAUGGCUCAGCAGGUUUCUCCAGCAGACUCGCAGCCUCUCAGGAUAUGAUGACCUUCAGUCCACCCUCAGCUGAACUGGGAGAAAUGGACAACUGGCAGGGGGACACAAACGCCUGGGAGGACGAGUCUGAUGCAGCCUGGGAGGCAGAGGAGGUGCUCAGGCAACAGAAGAUGGUUGAGAGAGAAAAGCGGUCCAUGGAGCAGCAAAGGAAGAAGAUGGAGAAAGAAGUUCAGAGGAUGAUGAAGAAGGAGCAGAAGAUUGCCGUCAAGCUCUCGUAACAUUUUCGAAAUGCUCUAUUUUGAGCCAGAGGGAUGGGGUUUGGGGGGGGGGCAAAGACACUAAAUCAUUCGUCACUCUGUCUUUAGAGUCAUCAAAUCGACCAGGAUUAUCACCCUGCACUACUUAUCUGUUAACAAACUGUCCUCCUUCUCCACCCAGUUUCCACCAGCAGCCAUUUUAGUCUGUUUUCCAGCUGCAGCAGUGUAAAAUGCAUCGUUCUUGAGGGCAGAUAAGGCACCUGGUGUACUUGCUCUUCAUGUGGCAAAGUCAUUUUGGUCUUCAAGGGAGAACUGUAUUAAUGUGAUCCAGUUCAUCUUAAGUUAAAGGUUAGAUGCAGCAUUAGAAGGCUCCAAAUUAGAUUCUGAUUAAAUAUGUCAGGUAGUGUAGAAAAAUGUUUAUUGCUUUUCCCAGAAACAUUUGUAAAUAAACAGGUACCUGUGCUACCUUUUGAAACUCAAAUGGGGAGUACAAUUCCUUUUUUGUCUUAUUUAAUACCUCAAAGGACAAAUGAGUGUAAUUAAUUUUAAGCAUCACUGUAUACCAGUGACAUCCCUUGGUUUGCUUGAUUGUUGUUUUUUUUAUAUUUAUGUCUUUCAUUGUCUGAAUUUUUUUUUUUUGAAUGAAUGAAUGAAUGUUGCUUGAUAUUUCACAUUCCCUCCCUGUGCUGUGUAGCCCUUAUUACACUGGAAAUCUGCAUUAAAAUGAAAGCUAUGUGAGUAUAGAUAAAUGACCAUAGAGUAGACUCUAGCCCAACUAUAAAUGUUAGCUGUGGGUUCCUAUGGUAACUUCAUGGCUACUGAUCUGCCAUUCAUUCUCCUCCUUUGUCAGCGUUUCAUAUCCAAGGAAAAUAUCCAGUGAUUACGGCAUUGAUUUAUUUAAUUUUUUUCAUUUUUUUUUCAGGGGAGGGAAUGUUCCUUUGCUCUUAAAUAGUUGAUGCACUCACUGCUGUCUUUAUAAAACAUGGAUCACCAUCACCGUGUAAUCUCAUCACCGGUUACCUUGGCCGAUAAGAAGAUGGAAAAAUAAAUUCCUGCUUCUUUUCUCCUUACAUCAAAAUGUAAGACUAACAGUUGAAGUUGUCGGUUUUGACUGAGCAUUCUGUUGUGCAUCAUUAUAAUGAAAUUACCAGUCAGUGUUGGUAACAUUGGUACCAGUGCCAAUAGGCAAGCUGUUGUCAUGGAAACAUUGGCAGGUGAAGAAAGGCCUUUAUAAAUUAAAAUGUGCAGACAUGAUACAAUAUGUUCCUGGUCUGUGACGUCUGAUAAAUGACUUGGGUGGAGGCGAGGGAGGCAAAUUUUCAUAUUAAAUGUUACAAUUGGGAAAAGCUUUGCGAGCUGUUUGAUGCUUCUUAAAAAAAAUACUGGGUUAAUGUUAUCUAGCGAUGAUUUAUUGACACACCCAGAGGUGCUGAUUCUGUAAAAACUUAAAUGAUAAAAUGAGUGCAUGAUCAGGUUUAAGAGUUUAACUGAAAACAGGUGUUUAUUUUAAGGGAAUUCAGCAAACUAUCAGUGUUGAUUUCUGUUUUCUAUGGAGAUGCUCUUUUUCCCAUUGUUUUUUCAUUGAGAAAAUCUGCAUGUGAUUCUGUUUUGUCAUUUUGCACAUUUAAGUUUUCCAAAAAAAGAAUCACAGAGAACCCACCGACUUUUUCUCAUUGAUGUGUAAGAUUUCAUGUUAUCAGAAUUGUCAUGGUUGAGCACAAAGGAGUCCACAAGCUCAACCAAUCCAGAGGGUUUGGCAGAUUGUAUCCCUGCUGUAUUAGUCCUACACAGGUUUUUAAUAAAAUGAUUUGAUUCAUACCUCUAGAGGUGAAUAACUUUG